AGGGCUUUAUGGACUGAAACCGCAUGCGCAACCUCCUGCGUGACGUCCCUCCAUUCACGCCUUUCCUCAACGCUCAAUACAUCCCUGAACUCCUCCAUGUUUACCAACCAAAGCCGAUUACCGGCCCAAGGCCCGCGAACGUAGGCUUCCAUAUCCCCUCCAGUCCCAGGCGACCAGCAGAUUGACUCAGAAAUAAUAUCCCCGACGCUUACCCGUCCCUUUGGGUCCCAGUCUUUGAUGUCUUUCUGAAAUUCACUGUACC